UUAAAAAAGAGGAAGAUGGGAAAACGUGACAUCACACGUGCGGAAGAUCAUAUUGUAAAAUAUCUUCGACAUCCUGUAUAUGGUUCAAGAAAUUUGCACAUGAGACACUUACACCAAAUAGACUCAUAUGAUAAUAGAGUGGAAGAACAACUGAAGGCGAGCGGGUUCUAUUAUGUUUCUCAAAUUGGGAGGAUCGUGUCUCAUAGGCCGACUGUAGAUGCACUGGUUGAAAGGUGGCGCCCGGAAACGCACACGUUUCAUCUUCCAUAUGGUGAGUGCACGAUCACUUUGGAGGACGUCGCAAUGAUUCUUGGACUCCGAACUGAUGGUUUGCCAGUGACUGGAUCAACUGAUCAUAGUACAAGUGGGUUAGAAAACGAGUGCUUGGCCCAAUUUGGUGUUGCUCCUGGGCCGAACGACCACAAAGGAAGUGGAAUCAAGCUGGCAUGGUUCCGCACCCUAAAGCGGCGCCAACAUUUGACUGAUCAAGUAAGUAAGGAAAUUUAUGUGAAAUGUCACAUAAUGUGUCUAUUUGGUACGACGUUAUUUAGUGACAAGUCUGGAACCUCUGUGCACUGGAAGUAUUUGCCGUUACUUCGUGACUUUUCUCAAAUUCAUAAGUUUAGUUGGGGUUCUGCUUGCCUUGCGCACAUGUAUCGAUCAUUAUGUCGGGCAUCGAGAUAUGAUUGCAAGGACAUGGAUGGUCCUUUGGCGUUGCUCCUUGUGUGGGCCUGGAUACGAAUGCCGACAAUAGGGCCUCUGCCGGUGGAUACCAGCUUUCCACUCGCUCGCAGGUGGAAUGAUUAUCAACCCACCACUGAGCACUAUAAAAAUUGGACAACCUCUGACGUCAGGAGAAGGUUGGAUGAUCUUCCUCUGGAUGGGUUUGUGUGGGACGCAUACAGUCCUAAUCGGGUUGCGCCUCAAGUUAUUCCAUUUGAUAUUAACAGUGGUGCAAAUCUUUGGAGUGCAACUGUACCUUUAAUAUGUUUUGAGGCUGUGGAGUGGCAUCCGACUGACAGGAUUAGAAGACAGUUUGGCUUUCAUCAAGACCCCCCAGUCGAAGCUAUGAAACUUGGAGCGUCCCAUAACAUAGUGCUAACAGGUCCAAAGAAUAAAAACUGGGGCAUAGAACAUGCAGUAUGGAUCUCACAAUGGUUAAAUAGUUCUAUGUGUGUCUUAACAGGUGAAUAUGUGGACAACUAUCAACCAUCUGACCGGUACAUGGACUGGUAUAUUGGUAAAUUUGGUGAUCACUUGCGGGUAUCCGAGCUUGCUGAGCAUGAGGAAGAAGGUCAACAAGAGCAACCACAUCAGCAAGAACAACAUACUCAGCAAGAACAACCACCUCAACAACAAGGACCACCUCAACAACAAGGACCACCAUACCCAUACCUACCAUAUCAACAGCCAUAUCAGCCAUAUCCACAACAUCCACACCCACAGUACUUACAGGAAUAUGCAAACCCUUUCACCCAACCCUUCAUACAACCACCAUACUCACAACCAUAUCCAUAUUAUCCACCCCCACCAUACACACAAGAAUAUACACAACCUUUCACCCAUCCACCAUAUGGUCAGCCAUCUACCAUUUGUGAGGCAUACAGGCCGACACAGGUACCGCAAGGUUCAUUGACACAGUUACUAGGCGCAGUGGCACAGGAUGAGGAUCAAUAUAGACACAUUAUUGAUUGGGUACAGGGUCCCGAGUCAUCUCAGUGGGUUAAUGAUUUAUACUCUAUCCAAGACCCUAUACAGGUGCCAGUGGCUGACGUUGUUUCCGGACGAUUGUCUUUGGAUGCGAGGCAUCAACCGCGGGCCUAUUCUGAGCAUUCUAGGGCAAGAACUUCUAUUGAUUCAGUUAGGAGUGUCCACAGAGGCAUUGGAUGUCGCCAAAGUCCGGCACGAAUUUCUAUGUCUGAGGGUGACGAGGCGGAGAAUGAGGAUGCAGUUGAUGAGACUCCUAGAGGUGAGGAUAUGGUUGAUGAGACUCUUGCAGAUGAGGAUGAGGUUGAUCAACCUGGUACAGGUGAUGAUGUUAUGGAUGACGAUUCUGGUUCAGAUGUCCAAGGUCAAAGUAAAGGUUACAACCUUAGGAUUGAUCCGGUCCGUAAGAGUCGAUCUAGAUGGAGCCCGUCAUUGAUCAAGAAGAGGGUAAAAAAGGGAUGCUCUAAGGUGGCCGAAACCGUUAAGAAAAGUAUAUUUAAAUGAGUUAGCUCGGUUGUUUAUGGUUUACGUUCAGGGAAUGUAAUUUUAUGUUAUUGUUUUAAUUAUGUACCCAUUGUGUUCUUUUAUUUAAUUCUCUAGUCAAAGCAAACUUGUAAAUUAACUUACGCAAAGUAAAUGUCACAUGACUCAA